AUGGAGAUAACCAUUGCAUCCCAUCCGUAUGCCCGCUGGCCCGUGGACACAAAGGUCGUUGGAUUUAGGAUCCGGCUGAAGGAUUUCUCAUCUUGUGCUAUCUUCGAGACGAGGCAGACGAUGACUUACCGGCAUGAGGGCAUGCCUGGCCUUCAACGGGGCGUAAUGUUAGGGUUCGCAGCAUGGCUGCUCAUAGAAUGCGUGGCUCUGAAGCCCCAUCGUACUCUCGAGGAGUCAACUUCUGGGAGCCAUUUGAAAACGUAA